GUGUUUCUGAGUUUGUUGAGAUUUGUUUUAUGGCCGACUGUGUGAUCUGCUCGGGAGACUGUACCAUGUGCACAUGAAGAGAGUGUGUAUCUGCUGUUUACGAUGGGAUGUGAUGAAUGUAUCUGUUAAAUCCAGAUAUCUUUGUUCUUAAUAAUGGUAAUAGAACUGUCAUAUCCUACGAUGUCCAUAGAAUGGUUUUAAAAUUGUAAUUUACUUUUACUAACAAGGAUGCUGAAUGAAGUUCAGUCUGUCUUGGUAGCUCAUUUUAUCUAAAGAUCAGUUAGAAAAAUUAUUCUUUUGUAGUUUUGUUUUCAGUUUGAUAAAUACAUAUUUGUUGACACUUACUUGCAGCUUUAGGGAUCGCCCUCCCUCUUUUUGAUUAUGUAAGAUAUUUACACAUGAUUCAGAAGUGGAAGCUGACUUGCUUCCACCCCUUCUGCCCCAUUCUGUCCCUCCUGCAGAAGUCACCAUUUUUACUGUUCCACUUCAUCUUCUCAGUGAUUCUUUUGCAGACAGAAACAAACUCAUACUUCAGUGCUACGCCUUGUCAGGAAGCCCUUAAUUUGGCCUCUAGCCCUCUGCUUCCUUCAGCAUGCCUUGUCUUCUAAUGUAUUUCUUUCACAUUUACGUAUUUUGUGGUUAAUUUCUGGAAUAAGAUCUGAAUGCUUCCCUCUUACUGUCUGGUAGCCUUUCUCCCUUCUCUGUCUUUUCCCUCUAGUUGUUUGGACUUCUCCUCUCUUCUCCCCUCCUUCCCCCUUUGCUUCUUUCCUCUCCCGUCCCCUCCCCUCUCCUCCCGUCCCCUCUUCUGUCUCUGUCUCUCUGUCAUUCCUCUCACUACCUUAAUCCUCUGUGUUGAGCAAUUUGGGCAUGAUUUUUAGCACUUUUCCCUCAGAGCGAAGAUCUCUUUGUCUGGAAAGGACUGUUUGCAAAUCAUUUUUCAAAUUCCCAUGUGCUUAGGUGGCUAUAGUGCUAUCAAGGUCACUUAGUGACUUCGGGAUUGUCUUCCGAUUGGGGGCACACAUUAUUGGUGACUUUGGGGAUCUGCAGUGUGUGGCCCAUCAGAAUCUUCCCUCAUCGUUCACUCUUCUCUCCUGGGAUCUGUCCUGUGCUCUGAGGUCACCUCUGCCUAUAUCUUGAUGUUUGUGAGGAGACUUUGUCGCCUAGACUGUGUUGGUUUGGUGUGGACGUCUCUGGGCUUUUUCCUGCACCACUGUGAUUGGGCCCGUCUGCAUUCAUUGGGAAUUUUCGGAAGAAUAAAAAACUGCGCUGCUACCUCAUGCCACCCCGUGCCAGUGUUCUCGCCGCAGCAAAAAGUCCCACCUCUCCAGGAACAAGAGAGUUCACGCCUCAGAACCGGAGAGCUGCAAGGUCAGGAAGCCGUCCUGGGUCAAGAGACCCCUGACCACCGGCCUCUCCCUGGAGGACCCUGGCGAAGACACAAGAAUCACAGGACAGAGCAGGUUCUAGAGUGGCUGUUUAUUUCCCAGGAGCAGCAAAAAACCACCCAGUCUCGGGGACCAUUGUCAUUCGUGGAUGUGUUUGUGGACUUUACCUGGGAAGAGUGGCGGCUGCUGGACCCCUCCCAGAAGCACCUGUACCGGAGUGUGAUGCUGGAGAACUACAGCAACCUGGUGUCCCUGGGGUAUCAAGACAGCAAACCCGACAUCAUCUUCACGUUGGAACAAGAAGAACCGUGGAUGAUGCUGGCCCAAAUCCCAAGUCAAGGCCAUCAAGAAAAAGUCGGGGAAAUUGAUCGUAUGGAAUGGCAUCAGGAAAAUCAAGGCAAGCUGGAAAGUAUGGCAAAAGGCUACGAAUGUACUACAUUUGGAAAACUGUGCCUUCUUAGUACAAAUUAUGUUUCUUCAGGACAAAACCUUCAUAAAUACGUUACACGCGGAAUGAGUUUUAAAUAUAAUACAGAUUUCAAUAGUAAUCACGCUGGAAAGAAUGAUCCUAAUGAGUUUCAUGCAUAUAGGGAAUCAUUCCACCAUUCUAAACAUGAGCAAACUGUUAUUGGAAUAAAAUACAGUGAAAGUAAUGAAUCUGGAAAAAUUGUCAACAAGAAGUCACAACUCAUAUGCCAACAAAUGUAUGUAGAAGGAAAACCUUUCAAAUGCAGUUUUUGUGGGAAGACCUUCAGCAGUAAGUCCUACCUUGCAGUGCAUCAACGAACUCAUGUAGAAGAGAAACCCUACAAAUGUGAGGGAUGUGGGAAAGACUUCAGCAGCAAGUCCUACCUCACUGUCCAUCAGAGAACUCACACAGGAGAGAAACUACAUGAGUGCAGUGACUGUGGGAAAGCCUUCAGUUUCAAUUCACAACUUGUUAUACAUCAGAGAAUCCACACAGGAGAGAGUCCCUAUGAGUGCUGCGAGUGUGGGAAAGUAUUCAGUAGGAAAGACCAGCUCGUUUCACACCAGAGAACUCAUUCAGGACAGAAACCCUAUGGUUGUAGUGAAUGUGGGAAAACUUUUGGUUUGAAGUCACAGCUCAUUAUACAUCAGAGAAUUCAUACAGGAGAGAAACCCUUUGAAUGUAGCGAAUGUCAGAAAGCCUUUAAUACAAAGUCAAACCUUAUGGUACAUCAGAGGACCCAUACAGGGGAGAAGCCCUAUGGUUGUAGUGAAUGUGGAAAAGCCUUCACUUUCAAGUCGCAGCUCAUUGUACAUCAGGGGCUUCACACAGGAGUAAAGCCCUAUGGGUGCGUCCAGUGUGGGAAAGCCUUCAGCUUGAAGUCGCAGCUCAUUGUGCAUCAGAGAAGUCACACAGGAAUGAAACCUUAUGUAUGCAGUGAAUGUGGCAAAGCCUUCAGGAGCAAGUCGUACCUCAUUAUCCAUAUGAGAACUCACACAGGCGAGAAACUCCAUGAGUGCAGUGACUGUGGGAAAGCCUUUAGUUUCAAUUCACAACUCAUUAUACAUCAGAGAAUUCACACAGGAGAGAGUCCGUAUGAGUGCCAUGAAUGUGGGAAAGCCUUCAGUCGGAAAUACCAGCUCAUUUCACACCAGAGAACCCAUGCUGGGGAGAAGCCCUAUGAGUGCAGUGACUGUGGGAAGACUUUCGGUUUGAAGUCGCAGCUCAUUAUACAUCAGAGAACUCACACGGGAGAGAAACCCUUUGAAUGCAGCGACUGUAGCAAAGCCUUUAAUACAAAGUCAAACCUUAUUGUACACCAGAGAACCCAUACAGGGGAGAAACCGUAUGGUUGUAGUGAAUGUGGAAAAGCCUUCACUUUCAAGUCGCAGCUCAUUGUACAUCAGGGAGCACACACUGGUGUAAAACCAUAUGGAUGUAAUCAGUGUGGGAAAGCCUUCAGCUUGAAGUCGCAGCUCAUUGUGCAUCAGAGAAGUCACACUGGAGUGAAACCCUAUGGAUGCAGUGAGUGUGGCAAAGCCUUCAGGAGCAAGUCAUACCUCAUUAUCCAUAUGAGAACUCACACAGGAGAGAAACCACAUGAGUGCAAUGAAUGCGGGAAAUCCUUCAGUUUCAAUUCACAGCUCAUUGUGCAUCAGAGAAUCCACACAGGGGAAAAUCCCUAUGAAUGCAGCGAGUGUGGAAAAGCCUUCAACAGGAAAGAUCAGCUCAUUUCUCAUCAGCGAACUCAUGCAGGGGAAAAACCUUACGGAUGCAGUGACUGUGGGAAAGCCUUUAGUAGCAAGUCCUAUCUCAUUAUACACAUGCGAACUCAUUCAGGAGAGAAACCAUAUGAAUGUAACAAAUGUGGGAAGGCCUUCAUUUGGAAGUCACUACUCAUUGUACAUGAGCGAACUCACGCAGGGGAAAGCCCUUAUAAAUGUAGCCAGUGUGAGAAAUCCUUCAGUGGAAAGUUACGGCUCAUUGUACAUCAGAGAAUGCACACAAGAGAGAAACCCUAUGAAUGCAGUGAAUGUGAGAAGGCUUUCAUUAGGAAAUCUCAGCUCAUUGUACAUCAGAGAACUCAUUCAGGGGAGAAGCCCUAUGGAUGCGAUGAAUGUGGGAAAACCUUCUCUCAGAAGUCUAUCCUCAGUGCGCAUCAGAGGACUCACACUGGAGAGAAACCCUGUAAAUGCACUGAAUGUGGAAAAGCCUUUUGUUGGAAGUCACAGCUCAUUAUGCAUCAGAGAACUCAUGUAGAUGAAAAACGUGUUGAUGAGUUAAAUGUAAGAAAUUUUCUUCCAAAAGUCAACUCAUAGGAAAUACCAGCAAAUUCAUAUAGAAGAGAAACUCCGUGAGAUCAUCUCAUUGUACACCAGGAAACUAAUACUGAAUAGAAACCUGUGAAUGCACUGCAUGGACAGGGACACCCACAGAAAGCUGCUUUUUACACAUACCCUCCCCACCCCACCCCCAGUAAAUGCACAUAGGAAUGUUAUGAAAGUGAACCCCGUGGAA